CAACAAAUCAGCUCCAGAACCUGAAGACAAUCUGCACAUUUCUGCGGUAAGAGACCGAUAAACGGCCGCCGGGCACGGCGCGCGUGCACGAUACAGACACACAGAGGGCGCGUGAAGCGGCUGGAGGGGCCUGCGCACGCGUCUGUGGAGCGUGUGGGUGAAUGAGGGCGUGCGUGUUGCUGUAUUUGAAGGAGACAGACACAGAGGAGGAUGGAGGAGGCUGCAGCCGCGCGGGCGCGAUCACACGGGCACGCGCGGAGCUGUCUUGUUUGGUGGCGCGGGUUUCCGGGUCAUGGAGGUCUCCUCUCACAGCAUCUUCCUGCUGCAGCAGCUUAACGUUCAGAGAGAGUUCGGCUUCCUGUGUGACUGCACCGUCGCCAUCGGCAACGUGUACUUUAAAGCUCACCGGGCCGUGCUGGCCUCCUUCUCCAACUACUUCAAGAUGAUCUUCAUCCACCAGUCCAGCGAGUGUAUAAAGAUCCAGCCCACGGACAUCCAGCCUGACGUCUUCAGCUUCCUGCUCCACAUCAUGUACACCGGCGUGUGUCCCAAGCAGCCGGUGGACCAAUGCCGGCUGCAGGAUGGCAUCAAGUUCCUGCACGCCUACCAGCUGUGCCGAAAACCCGGCGCCGACGGCGCACCCGACCCAACCGCCGACAUGGUCCGCAUGUCCAACCUGUACGGCAUCCAGAUCUCCUCUCAGCUGGCCGGCAAGGAGGCCACGGGCGCCUCAAAGACCGCCGGCGGCGUGUCCCGUGGUGCCCCAGAGGACGGUCUGAGGGCGCGGUCUCUCGCCAUCGGGCUGGAGGGAAUCCCGUCGGAGCGCCAGGCCGCCGCGGCGGCGCUGCGCAACGUGUGCUCCGUGGCGUCCGGUGGAGAAUCGGACAUCUCGGCGCGCGUCAAGCAGGAACCAGUGGAGGAGGAGGACGAUGAUGGUGAUGAAGCUCAGGGGGCGGAGUCUCAGGACAGCAGUCCCAGCUUCAGAGAGCGAGCGCUGGCGUUGGCGCUGCUUUGCCCGCGCUGCGGCGAGCGUUGCUCGUCCCCCGAGGACCUGCGGGAGCACCUGUUCAACCACGCCCUCGACCACGCCCAGGACAACGCCACGGGCGCCGAGCAGCGGCCGACUGUUGGCGGCGCCGAGCAGCUGGACGCAGGCUGUCUGGAGGAGGCGCUGAGACAGAGCCAGGCGCUCGCCAAUCAGCUGGCUGCCGAGCUGCGGAGGAGCAGAGGAGGGGGGGCAGGGGAGGGGGGCGUCGCCACGGCAACCGCUGGCGCCACCGCUGGCGUGCUGCACUCUCGUAAACGUAAGAUCGCCUGCGCCGUGUGCAGCCUGCGCUUCUCGCACAAGAGCCAGCUGCAAGAGCACAUGUACAGCCACACGGGCAAGCCCGCACGCCAUCAGCGGUACAACCGCCUCUGCAGCCAGCUCUGCCACGCCUCGGCACACUUCUGCGAGGCCGCCGCGGUGGCCGAGGGCGGGGCCUCAUCCGGCGGGGGCGGAGCCUGUGAGGACGCCAACAGAGACGCUCAGGACAACGGCAGCUCGUGUUACUCGCUGGACUCUGAAGUCUCCCAGGAGAGCGCGGACGGCGGCCCCGUGGAGUGACAUCGUGUUAUAUCAUGACAUCGUGUUAUAUCAUGACAUCGUGUUAUUUAAUAACAGCAGGAUUAUGUCAUCAUCUGACGCAUUUUGUAAUAAAACCGUAAACGCAGUAGGGGUGCACGAUUCAGGAAAUGUAGUUACUUUUCCCAUGUGAUUGCAGUAGA